UGAGAGGUACGUAAAUGAACGCCUCUAGCGGAAAACGGGAAAAUUUGCGUUCGUUGUUAUGAGAGUUAUUCCCCUUACACCAGAAAAAAUAUUUUCAAAAUGUCGGAAGAAAUUCCGCUUCGACGUAAAAAUGGUCAAUUUGGUGGUAAAGUAUUCAACAAUUCUCGUCAAAAUCUAACAAAAAGUGUGGUAGUAGUAAAUGAAAUGUCUUGUCCAAAUGAAACAUUGCUUCCCUCCCAAGAAAAUGAUAGUAAUAGUACCUUGGCAUGGCGUGAUGGUCGAAGAGUGGUUGAGUUGGGAUUAUUAGCUGACCAACUUAAAGCGUGUAAGAACUGUUAUUCACCUUUAUAUCUUCACAACUGCUCAAAAGAACAAAGAUAUGGCCUAGGAAGUAUAUUGUAUAUACCUUGUGGCAGCUGUCCCUACACCAACUUAAUAAACACUGGUAAACGACACAGAUCAGAAACAUCCAAAAAGGGAAUGUUGAUAUGGGAUGUGAAUACUAAAUGCAGUUUGGCCUAUUUAGAUGCUGGAAUGGGUCCACACCAGACAGUGAAUUUUCUUGCUGGCAUUAACAUCCCCCCAAUAGCAGUUAAGAAUUUAAAGAUCAGAGAAAGAGAAAUCGGUAAAACUAUUGAAAAGUGUGCUGAAAUGUCUUGUCAGAAAGCUUUACAAGAAGAAAUAGAUUUAAGCAGAGAUGAAGAUGAUAAUUUAAAUGGACCUUCAAUAACAGUUUCUUUUGAUGGUGCUUGGCAGAAACGAGGAAGUGGAAGAAGCUACAGUAGCUUGACAGGUCAUGCUACAAUGAUUGGUGAAAAAACUGGAAAAUGUGUGAGUCAAGGAACUAAAUCAGCAGAUUGCAGAAAGUGUAUGUAUGUGGAUGAAAAGGGAGAUGGACAGCACGAUUGUAGGAAAAAUCACAGCGGAAGUGCAAAGUCGAUGGAGCCAAACUUAGCCGUUGAAAUGGUGCAGGACCUGCAAUGCAAAGGAUGCACAGUUUCAUGUAUAAUAAUGGAUGACGAUACCACUACUCUAGCUAGACUUAAACAAAACAUUAAUUCUGAUAUUGUUAAAAGGUCAGACAAAAACCACCAGAGAAAAAAUAUUGUUAGUGACUUAUACCGCUUACAUGAAAAACACAAAGGUAAAUUGUCAACAAGUACUAUAAGCUACUUGACAAAAGAUUUAGAUUAUGCGAUAGCCCAAAACCAGAAUCAUGCAGAACAAUUGAGCCAGAAUAUUUAUGCUAUCAUUCCCCAUUCUUUUGGUGAUCAUUCUCACUGUGACUUAUCGUGGUGUAACUACCAUAAAGAUCCAGAAAAUUACAAACACAAAAGUCUUCCGUAUGGCAAAGAUUUAAACGGAGAGGAAAUGUUUGCUGAUUUGUCAAAAUUGUUUGAUUCUUACGCAAAGAACUCACAUAAAUUAGCUAACUGUGGCAGCUCACAAGGAAACGAAUCCUUAAAUCAAAUAAUCGCGUUAAAGGCACCAAAAGCUAAGCAUUUUGGGAGUAGCCAAUCCCUUCCUUUCCGAGUAUGCGUGGGUGUUAUUCAGAAAAACGAAGGUCGUUCUUAUAUACCACAAGUAUACGAAGCUCAUAAUUUGUCACCGGGAAAAUUUACAGUAAUGCAUACGGCAAAAAUAGACAAAAAGCGCAAACAUGACAAAGUAAAUGCAAGUACCCGGGAGGCAAAGAGAAAAAGACUAGUCAAAAAAGGAAAAUUCAACAUAAAUCUAAAGGCCAAAGAAAUACGAGAAGGCAUCACAUAUGCAACCUCUAUAUCUGCACCAGGAAAUUCGAUAGAGAAAGCUGAUGAUAUUUCACCCAUUCCUGAUCCUGAACCAGAAGUGACAGAAGAUCCCGUGUCUUUGAAAGACGAAACAUUUGUUUACUUUGACCUUGAAACUACAGGAUUCGGUACUGAUUGUGAUAUCAUUCAAUUAGCUGCAGCAUAUGCCAACCAAAAUUAUAAUCGGUAUAUGGUUCCUAGUCAGCGUAUCUCGCCAUCUGCCUCUAAAGUAACCGGGUUUUCAAAAAGUGGUUUAAUUUUGUACAAAAACGGGGAAAUUAUGCAGACAGAUGAAGAACCUGAAAUUUUUAAGCAGUUUAUUUCUUGGCUUCCAAAAAAAUGCAUUCUGAUUGGUCACAAUUCAAAAAUUUUUGAUUCCAGGAUUCUGACUAAGGCUUUACAAAAUAAUAAUGUCAUGAAAGAUUUUGAAUUGAAAUGCGUUGGAUUUAUUGACACCUUAUCAUUGACGAAAGAACUACUACCAGACAGAAAGACAAGUAAGCAGUCAUACAACCAGGAAUCACUCGUGAAAGAUAUUGUUGGAAUUAGUUAUGAUGCACACAAUGCCAUUGGUGAUGUGCAAUCCCUGCAACAGCUGAUCAACACGUUAAAAGUUUCUCCAAGAAUGCUUGAAAAACACAGCUUCUCUGUUCGCUACACAGUAAACAUGAUCAGUAAGCUGCAGCUAACUAAAUCUAGACUGGAGUCAUUUAACAACAUACCAUCUUCUUUUUGUUCAAAGACAAUGCUGAACAAAAUUGCCAAAUCCGGUUUACGGUUAAACCAUCUCAUCCUUGCAGGAAAUAGAGGAGGUGUUGAUGGUAUACGCGAAUUGCUUACAGAACAGAUCGACGGGAAGCCCCGAGUUACCAAAGACAAGAAGAUACUGGACUCGAUUUCAGAACAUAUUAUGUCAUUGCAAAACUAG